AUGGCCAAGAUCCUCGCCAGCGCCGCCGCGACGCGCCUAAGGGAGGUCGCGCCCGACGCGGGAGUCUCAACGCCGAUCCCGUCGCGGCGCCGAACCACGAAAAUGGAUCGAACCGCGUCCACCCCCACACCCGCGCGGCGCAAGACGGGAGCCCCGGACGUCGCGUCCCCCAAAGGCCGCCGCACGCUCGAGCGUGAGAUGCGCAGGCUCUCGCGCGCGCGAUCCGCGCCGGAUUCUCCCGACCGGUACGGCGCGCGGGCGGAGGACGACGCGGACUACGACGCCGGCGACAGGUCGUGCUCGAGCGGAUCGGACACCCCCGACUCCACCACGCCGCUGAGGCGCGAGGACCGCUCGUCCUCCGUCGCCGGCGCCGCCGCCCGCGCGCACCGUCGUCCAGGAAGGAGUCUCCGCGACAGCCCGAGCAGGCACCUGGACAAGUCCCCGUCGCUCGCGUCCGUCGCUGAAGACGACGACGGGGAGCGGCGCGACGACUUCGACGACUUCGACGACUUUGACGACUUCGAGGGUGACUCCACAGCGCCGUCCAGCCCCGGUCGGCCGACCGCCGCGCGCGGUCGCCCGCCCGCCACCACCACCACCACGUCGAUGACGACGCUCAGCGGAGCGAGGCGUGCGCUUCGAAGCGUGUCCACCUUCCUCUUCGGCGCGGCGGCGGCGGCGGGCGAUCGCGGCGGCGACGCCAGCGGAAACUCAACCGCGUUCGCCACUCCGUACGCUUCGAAGCGCGCCUCCGUCGUUCGCCACGGCGAGUGCCCCGCCGACGGGGAGGCGUCGCACGCGCGCACCGGUCCCCCGCCUCCGCCCACGAUCCGUCUGAGGCGCACGUCCUCCUACUACGUCGCGGGGGGCGCGUGCGGGGGCGAUCGGGGCGGAUCGGGCUUUGGGUCCUUUGGCGGUUUCGGGUCAGGGGCGGGUGACGCGAGCACGCGGGAGGAACGCGAGCGAGCCAGGCGCGUCGAGCUCGCGCGGUACCGGGGUCGAUGCGCGGCGGCGGGUAAGUUGGCGGUGACGACGCUGGCGGGGACCCUCGCGGGCGUCGUGCUGUGGGCGAUGACGACGGUGACGGCGCAAUUGACGAUGGCAAAGUUCAACGCGACGAGGGCGCUUUUGGGCAACGACGACGGGGCGCUGCCCCGCGCCUGGGCGUUCUACUGCGCGUGCGCGGUGGCGUGCGUGGGCGCGACCGCGUUCGGGAUACUCCAUCCGAAGGGCGCGCCGAUGGCGAGGGGCAGCGGGAUCCCCGAGCUGAAGGGGUACCUGAACGGCAACAGGCAGCAGGGCCUGUUCCACUGGCGCACUUUCCUCGGUCGAAGCGUGGGCAUCUGCCUGGUCAUCACCGCCACGAUGCCAUUCGGGCGGGAGGGGCCGUCCGUUCACAUCGGCGCGUGCGCAGCCUCCGUGGCGCUCAACCUACCGUGGCGCACCUACCUCGGAUGGCAACCCUCGCCGGAGGAGCGCCGGCAGAUCCUCCAGCUCGGCUCAGCCGCCGGAGUCGCCGCCGCGUUCAACGCUCCAAUCGGCGGCCUCCUCUACGUCAUGGAGGAGGUCGCCUCGAACCUUCCCCCCGAUUACGUGUGGCGAGCGUUCAUGACCGCGGGCGUCGCCGUGGGCGUCGCGCUGGUCCUGUACUCCGCCAACGAGGGCCGUGUCGAUUACGCGUCCCUGGUCAUCAGCGACCCCAACGGAUCCAGCACCGGCUGGGGCGUCGCCGACCUUCCCCUCGUCGCCGUCCUCGCCGCGCUCGCGGGCGCCCUGAGCGCCGCGUACACCGUCGCCGCGGACUUCUUCGGGAAGUGGCGACGACGUCCCGGAGCGUGGACCCCUCAGUGGCUCGCGAACGCGAUGGGGACGAGGUGGGGGAUGUGGCUCGACGCCGUGAUGGGCGCCGCGCUGAACGCUUCGAUGCAGGUGCUGCUGCCCGCGGCGUUUGGGUGCCGCGCCGCGCCGACGACGUCGAACGAGUACGGACCGGACGGAAGCCUCAACGUCUACACGGGACGCCGCAAGUUGACGUCGUCGGCGAUUUACAUCCCCCGGACCUUCGUGCAGUACACCUGCGAGCCCGGAGACUUCAGCGAGAUGGCCACGCUGAUGCUGCAGAACGAGGAGGGCGUCGUCAAGCACCUGUUCGCCAGGGACGAGCUGUACAGCGAGAAGCUCUUCACCGCCCCCGUCGUCUUCGCGUUCCUGGCGUACUUCUUCUUCAUCGCGUCCGUCACCUUCGGCGGCGCGUUCCCGGCCGGCGUGUUCAUACCCAACAUGCUCAUGGGCGCCAGCCUCGGGAGACUGUUCGGAUUCUUCGCCGAGCAGGUGAGCCCGUCGGUGAACAAGGGAACGUACGCGUUGAUCGGAUCCGCGGCGAUGCUCAGCGGUUUCACGCGGAUGACGGCCGCGGUCACCGUGAUCAUCAUCGAGGCCACCGCGUCCAUGGACGUGCUCGCGCCCAUCAUCCUCGCGUGCGUCAUCGCCAGGGCCGUGUCCAUGGCCAUCGUAUCGCACUCCCUGGACGAGAGGCAGAUCAUCGCCAAGGGCGUUCCCUUCCUGGAGCAUCACGCGCAUCCGUCCACGGCUGCGGUUAAGAUUGGCGACGCGCUCAAAGAAGCGGACUCGAGGCGCGGCCCGAUCAUCGCGUUCCGCAAGCAGGAGCGGCUGGAGGUUUUGUUGAACGCGCUCCUGCUGACGGAGCACAACGCGUUCCCGGUGCUAGACGACGUGGAAAAUAACACCGGCCUCGGCGGGCUCGUCACUCGGGCCAUGCUUCAGCGGGUGCUCCGAAUCGUCUUGGAGACCGACGACGACGACGACGACGACGCGGAUGCGGACGCGGACGCGGACGCGGACGCGGGCGCGGAUGCAAAGGCUAACGCCGCAUCCAAGAAAACCGCCGCCGCUCCCCGUCGGAGCACGCCGACGCUCGGGUCCGGUCGUUCAUCGUGGUCGCGCAAGAGCAUCGACAAGUGGUGCGUGGAGGGCGUCUGCCCCGCGCGCCGUGACUCGCGCAAACGACCCGUCGCCGCGUCGUCGUCGUCGUCGUCGUCACCCGGCAACGGCGCGUCGCAGGUGAUAAUCCACAUCGACGACGACGUCGAGGAGGGCGGCGAGCGCGGCGGCGACGACGGGCGGGACGUCGAGGCGAUCUCCUCGGCAUCCUCCGACGCGGGCGGCUCGCUGAAGACGGCGCCGUCGACGCCGCCGCCGGCGUCGCCGACCGCCAAGGAGGGAUGCGAGUUCAUGACCUCGCUCGCGCGUUGGACCGCGAGAAACGCCAGGAAAGGACUCCACAACCUUCACCUCCCGAACCCGGGUAAGGGCGCGUUCGCGCGUCACGGGGUCGCGGGCUCAAAACCCGGCGGCGGCGGCGGAAACGGCGGCGACGACGACGUCCCAACGAGGGUCGGCGCCGCCGCGGCUCGAAGCGGCGCGCACCAAGUAUCAUCACACAGGGGCGACGAGAAUCACUUCGACGAGCUCAAGGAGGGCACGAGCAUCGUCGACCGGCUGCGUCGAGGGGUGAUGAACGUCCCGGGCACGCAGCUGACGCGCAUGGUGGACCUGACGCACGCGGUGGACAAGGCGCCGUGGACCGUGGACUCGUGCAUGAAGCUCGCGAGGGUCCAUAACCUGUUCGCCAGGUUGGGCGUGAGGCACCUGUGCGUGGUGAGCGACAACGGGCGAAGGCUGGAGGGGAUCAUCACCAGGCACGAUCUCAUACACGUGCACAGACUCGCGGAGGAAGGGCGAUGA